UCCAAGGUGGCAGAAAGUUUUCUUUUGGUCUUUGGUGCCCCUUCACAUGGUGCCAUACAGGGCAGCCUCCUGUCAGCAGACCUGCAUGAACUGGUGUUGCUUUACCGAGCAGCGAUGAAGAAAGCCGUUCCUCACUACUCCAGAUGGGCAGAAAGACGAUCCACCGUGGUUUAUGCGGUUCGCUCAGCCACGUUCGGCUCCUGGAGGAUGCUCACGAUGGGGGCGGAGUACUUAGACACCUGGGCUCGGUCACCUGACAGGAGAGAAUGUCCUGAGAAGCUGGUCAGAGAGGAGGAGGAGGAGGAGGAGGAGGAGCCGGGGCCGGGGCCAUCAGAUACUGGAGAGCAGGGGGAGUCCUCAUGGAUAUCCGCUGACAAGGACCCAGAACAGAAGUACGAGACUGUUCUGCACCUGGACGGGAUGAGCAGACGAGAAAUGGGAGAUGGUGUCCGGGAGGCCAUAAAGAACCAUGACAACCUGAAGAGCACCUCCACUAAUCAGAGAAUGGCUCGCUUCGCAGAAGAUCUACCCACCCGCUAUGGAGGAAGCGCAGGCGGCGGAGGGAGAGGUGGACCGGGCGCUGGGAGAGGAGGCGCCCGGGGUGGUGGCGCUCCGGGUGGGCAGAGGAUGUACAAGCAGUCGAUGGCCCAGAGAGCCCGGACGAUGGCCAUCUACAACCCGAACCCUGUCAAACAAAACUGCUUCACCGUCAACCGCUCCCUCUUCAUCUUCCGCGAGGACAACCUCAUCAGGAAGUAUGCAAAGCGAAUAACAGAGUGGCCUCCAUUUGAGUACAUGAUCUUGGCCACAAUUAUCGCCAACUGCAUCGUCUUGGCCCUGGAGCAGCAUCUACCUGCCGGUGACAAGACGCCCAUGUCAGAGCGCCUGGACGACACAGAGCCCUACUUUAUUGGAAUAUUCUGUUUUGAGGCCGCCAUUAAGAUCAUCGCCCUGGGCUUCGCAUUUCACAAAGGCUCCUACCUCCGCAAUGGCUGGAAUGUAAUGGACUUCGUGGUCGUCCUCACGGGAAUCUUGGCCACGGUGGGUUCAGACUUUGACCUGAGAACGCUACGAGCGGUGAGAGUGCUGAGACCCCUGAAGCUGGUGUCAGGAAUCCCCAGCCUCCAGGUGGUGUUGAAGUCUAUAAUGAAAGCCAUGGUUCCACUUCUUCAGAUUGGCUUGCUGCUGUUCUUCGCCAUUGUUAUGUUUGCCAUCAUUGGGGUGGAGUUUUACAUGGGCAAAUUCCACACCACCUGCUUCAAGAACGGCACUGACCAAUGACGUCGCAGGAAACACUUGGAACUGGCUUUACUUCAUCCCUCUCAUAAUCAUCGGCUCCUUCUUCAUGCUUAACCUGGUGCUUGGUGUUCUUUCUGGAGAAUUUGCCAAAGAGCGAGAGCGUGUGGAGAAGAGACAGGAGUUUCUAAAGCUUCGCAGGCAACAGCAGAUUGAGAGAGAGCUCACCGGAUACUUGGAGUGGAUCUGCAAAGCAGAGGAGGUGUUGCUGGAGGAGGAGGAUGAGAUUGCAGAGGAGAAGUCCCCACUGGACGGUGCGUGGUACAAGAGGAAACAAAACCUUCCAGUCCUGAAGCGAGGCAAAGUGAAGAAGGGUAAAAAUGACCUGAUCAGCGCUGAGGAGGGGGAGGAUCCUUUCGCAGACAUCUCCUCUGUUGCUCCUCCUGGCUCUCCGUUUGGUCGGGCCAGUGUGAAAAGCAGCGGUAAGAUGGACAGCUCAUCUUACUUCCGGCGUAAAGAGAAGAGGACCCGCUUCUUCAUCCGCCGCAUGGUGAAGGCUCAGAGUUUCUACUGGAUCGUCCUGUGUGUGGUUGGCCUCAACACACUCUGCGUGGCCAUAGUCCACUAUGACCAACCCGAGUGGCUUACAAGAGCCCUCUACACUGCAGAGUUUGUGUUUCUGGGUUUGUUUCUGACUGAGAUGACUUUGAAGAUGUACGGCCUCGGAGUAAGGAAUUAUUUCCACUCCUCCUUUAACUGCUUUGAUUUUGGGGUGAUUGUUGGCAGCAUUUUUGAGGUGAUCUGGGACAUGAUUAAACCAGGAGCAUCGUUUGGUAUCAGUGUGCUGAGAGCUCUGAGACUGCUUAGGAUUUUCAAAGUCACCAAAUACUGGAACUCUUUAAGGAACCUUGUUGUUUCCCUCCUGAACUCAAUGAAGUCCAUCAUCAGCUUGCUCUUCCUCCUGUUCCUCUUCAUUGUGGUCUUUGCCUUGCUGGGGAUGCAGCUCUUCGGAGGACAGUUUAACUUUGAAGAUGAAACUCCAACAACAAACUUUGAUACCUUCCCAGCAGCCAUCCUCACGGUGUUCCAGAUUCUGACUGGCGAGGACUGGAACGCAGUGAUGUACCACGGGAUCGAGUCUCAAGGAGGCGUUCGCGGCGGCAUGUUCUCCUCCAUCUACUUCAUCGUCCUCACACUCUUUGGAAACUACACCCUCCUGAAUGUCUUCUUGGCUAUUGCCGUCGAUAACCUUGCAAAUGCACAAGAGCUGACGAAGGAUGAAGAGGAGCAGGAGGAGGCAGCCAAUAAGAAGCUUGCUCUACAGAAAGCUUUGGAAGUGAAAGAAGUCAGCCCGAUGUCAGCAGCCAACAUUUCGAUCGCUGCUUUUGUAAAGCAAAAUCGAGAUGCACUCUCUCGCAGGUCGUCCAUCAGCAGCAUUCAGUCACCCAAAGAGCAGCAGCGUUCAGCGAAGGCUAUGUCAGUGUGGGAGCAGAGGACUAACCAGCUUAGGAGACAUAACAUAAAAACGAGCAGCGAGGCCCUGUACAACGAGCUCGACCCCGAUGACCGCCUAUUGAUGUCCAGCGCCCUUCAUCUGCACCCCGACAUGAAGACUCACCUGGACAGGCCCCUUAGGGUGGAGUCCAAGAAUGGAGACAAAUCCAGCAGGGCCCCCGAGGGAGGGUGGGAGGAGGCAGGGCAUCUCCGGCAGGAUGACAACUUUCACACACACUCCAGGAAGCAUCACCGCCACCACGACAGUAGCGGGGAGAGCAGAGAUGAAGGAGAUGUCCGGGGAGGGAGGCACCACACCCAUCACAGCAGGAGCAGAGAUCACAAUGCUGAUGGUCCACAGACAAAAGAGAGGAGAGGGGAGAUGAGUCACAACCGCAAUGGAGGGCAGGGGCACAGGCACCACCACCACCAGACCGGCUCCCCUGAGGAGGAAAAUAAUGACCUGCAGGGAGGAGGACGAGGAGGAGGAGGAGAUAAUAAGGGGCAUCACCACCAUCACUCACAUCGUCCACCUAAAGAGGGGAAUGGGAUGUUGGCAAAUGGUGCACAGUCAGAGCAAAGGGGUAGAGGGGGAGGUGGAGGAGAUAGUAAUGGAGAGAGGAAGGACCGAUGCUCUCGUACAGGCAGAGCUCAGACAGCUCUGGGUGGAGAUGACUCUAAGAGGAACAAGAACGGAAACAGAGGUUACAGGGAGAUGGAGCCAGAUGCUGAGGAGGAGAGCUUUACCUGCAGUCCUCAGCAGCCUACAGAGGAUGUUGACAACCAGAAGAACUCCACUAGGGCCAGCCAGGCUGGCCUCAACAGCAAUGCUAUCCACAUUCCUGUCACCAUCACUGCCCCGCCUGGAGAAACCACCAUCAUACCCAUGAACAACAUCGACUGUGACAACCUGCAGCUCAGUGAGGAGAAGAAAGAUCUGGAAGAGGACGAGGCAGCUAAUGGGCCUCGGCAGAUCCUUCCCUACAGCUCAAUGUUCAUCUUCGGCCAAACAAACCCGGUGCGACGGCUGUGUCACUAUGUGGUCAACCUACGCUACUUUGAAAUGUGCAUCCUGACGGUCAUUACCAUGAGCAGCAUCGCCCUGGCAGCUGAGGACCCCGUGCAAGCCAAUGCGACGCGCAACGAUGUUCUCAAGUACCUGGAUUAUGUCUUCACUGGAGUCUUCACCUUUGAGAUGGUGAUUAAGAUGAUUGACCUGGGACUGCUUCUCCACCCUGGCUCUUAUUUCCGUGACCUGUGGAAUAUUCUGGACUUCAUCGUGGUCAGCGGAGCUCUGGUGGCCUUUGCCUGCUCGAGCCUUAUGGGAUCGCAACAAAGCGUGGCCAGAGGGACAAAAGGCAAGGACAUCAACACUAUCAAGUCCCUGAGGGUCCUCCGGGUCCUGCGGCCACUCAAGACCAUUAAACGGCUGCCCAAACUGAAGGCUGUAUUCGACUGCGUUGUAAACUCUCUCAAGAACGUCCUCAACAUCCUCAUCGUCUACAUCCUCUUCAUGUUCAUCUUCGCUGUGAUUGCUGUUCAGCUCUUUAAGGGGAAAUUUUUCUACUGCAGUGACGAGUCCAAGACCCUGGAGAAAGACUGCAGGGGUCAGUUUUUGGACUACGACAGGGAUGAAGUAACGGCGAAGCCCAGAGUGUGGAAGAAGUAUGAGUUUCACUAUGAUAACGUGCUGUGGGCUUUUCUAACACUCUUCACCGUAUCCACUGGAGAGGGCUGGCCAGUUGUCCUGAAGCACUCUGUGGAUGCCACAUAUGAGGACCAGGGCCCCAGUCCAGGCUUUCGCAUGGAGACAUCUAUCUUUUAUGUGGUCUACUUUGUGGUGUUUCCUUUCUUCUUUGUCAACAUAUUCGUAGCUUUGAUCAUCAUAACUUUUCAGGAGCAGGGAGACAAGGCCAUGUCGGAAUGUACAUUGGAAAAGAAUGAGAGGGCUUGUAUUGACUUUGCCAUCAAUGCCAAGCCGCUGACGAGAUACAUGCCAGAGAACAAGCAGUCCUUCCAGUACAAAAUGUGGAAAUUUGUGGUGUCGUCUCCUUUUGAGUAUGCCAUCAUGACUUUGAUCGCCCUCAACACCGUCGUGCUGAUGAUGAAGUUCUAUGGCGCUCCAGAUGUGUACGAGUCCAUGCUGAAAUACUUAAACAUCGUCUUCACGGGCCUCUUCACACUCGAGUGCAUCCUCAAAAUUAUUGCCUUCAAUCCACUGAACUACCUGAAAGAGCCCUGGAAUGUGUUUGACUUUGUGACUGUGAUUGGAAGCAUUACAGACAUUUUGUGCACAGAGAUAAAUACGAAAGAAAAAAUCAACCUGAGUUUCCUGAGGCUGUUCAGAGCAGCUCGUCUCAUCAAGCUUCUGCGACAAGGCUACACUAUUCGCAUCCUGCUGUGGACAUUCGUUCAGUCGUUCAAGGCCCUGCCAUAUGUCUGCCUACUCAUUGCCAUGCUGUUCUUUAUCUACGCCAUCAUAGGAAUGCAGGUGUUUGGUAACAUUGAGCUGAAUGAGGAGAACGCCAUAAACCACCACAACAACUUCCAGACCUUUUUCCAGGCCUUGACCCUUCUCUUCAGGAGCGCAACAGGCGAGGCGUGGCAUGAGAUCAUGCUAGCAUGCCUCAGUAACCGGCCGUGCGAUAAGCUCUCGGGAACUGCAGGAGACGAGUGUGGCAGUGACUUUGCCUAUUUCUACUUUGUCUCCUUCAUCUUCCUCUGCUCCUUUCUGAUGUUGAACCUCUUUGUUGCGGUCAUCAUGGACAAUUUUGAGUACCUUACCAGGGACGCCUCCAUCCUGGGGCCUCAUCACCUUGAUGAAUUCAUACGUGUGUGGGCAGAGUAUGACCCUGCUGCUUGUGGCCGCAUAGCUUACCGGGAUAUGUACGAGAUGCUUCGGGACAUGUCCCCUCCACUAGGUUUGGGAAAGAAAUGUCCGCCCCGAGUCGCCUAUAAGCGAUUGGUGAAGAUGAACAUGCCAAUUGCAGAUGACAACACAGUGCAUUUCACCUCCACCCUGAUGGCCUUGAUUCGCACAGCCCUGGAGAUCAAGCUGGCAUCUGGCUUGCUGGCACAGCGUUUGUGCGAUGCUGACCUGAAGAGGGAAAUAAACCGAGUGUGGCCCAACUUGUCACAGAAGACCAUGGACCUGCUGGUGACGCCGCAUAAAUAUAACGAGCUGACUGUGGGGAAAGUCUAUGCGGCUCUAAUGAUCUACGACUUCUAUAAGCAGAAUCGUGCUAAGAGACUCCAGCAGCAGAAUUCUUCAGAUGGACCUCAGAGUAAAUUGGGGUCCUUGUUCCGUCCUGUACUGCCAUUCACUCACAUACAGGAAAUAGAACCACCGUUCUCCAGGCCCAAACAAGUCCUCUCACCUGAGCCUGAAAAGAAACCAGAGGCCUCGACAGCUACCAACACCAACACCUUGAUUAACAAGGACACAAUACUCAACCACAGGACUGCCAUAAAACAUUCCCAGUCUGGAGAUGUUUCUCAGGCUUCACAGAGGCCCAAAAGUCGAAGAAAGCUGCAGAGAGGCCAGUCGGAGGAUGUGCAAAAUUUAACAAGACCUCAGGAACAGGUUGAACUGAAGCAGGUGGAGAACACUUCAGAUGCAGAGGCAUAUCCCAGCCUGGAAGGUCACUGCAGAGCAGCCUCUCUUCCCCGACUAAAUGCUGAAUACUACCGGAGCCACCCUCGCCACGCCCCUGGGACCCACCUGGCACCGAUUGUGGACCUCAGUCCUAUAAAGCGCUCAGCAUCCUCGCUGACACCACAGCACUAUUACCAGGAUGUCGGGCUGAAGGACUAUGACCUGGAACGCCCCGGUCAGGCUCAGUCCUCUGGAGGGAUGGGCCAGGUCCAGGGCCAAGACAGAGCCCACCACCAUCACCACCAUCACCGCUGCCAUAGACGCAGGGAUAAGGACAAAGACAAGAAGCAGAAGUCUCUGGAUAGAGCUGCAUCAGUGCAGCCAUCCAGCACCGUUGAUUCAUUUACCGACCCCUCAGCUGAAGGACUGUCCAGAGAGCGAGCAAGGGAACGGGACCGCAGUCGGCCUCAUGAGAGGAGGCACCACUCCUCAGCGGGAGAGAAGCAGCGCUACUAUUCCUGUGAGCGUUACGGCAGCAGAGAGCAGAGCCACACCAAGUCAGCUGGUCCCAGCCGAUCCACGUCUCCAGGAGAGGGACAGGACUCUGGUUUCCUCAGACAGCAUGGCGGCAGUGUGGUUAAAUCUGGCCACGGGACGCUUCCAUCUGGUUCAAGCACACCGGGUCGUGGUCGCAGGCAGCUCCCCCAGACGCCCCUCACCCCUCGUCCCGCUGUGGCCUACAAGACUACCAACUCCUCCAAUCUCCCAUCCAGUGCCAUCAUGGCUACAACAGGGCACCAGACUCGCUUCAGCCGUGGUCUUUCAGAGCACGAUCGCUUACUCGGAGCCCACGAGGAGUCCCCAAUACCAAUUACUCGAAUUGGGUCUGACCCUAAUUUAAACUGGCAGCAGCAGGACUCGUCUCAGAAGGCUCUCCUUGAUGAGGAGGACUUCCAGGAUGCUGUAAGCAGCCAAGGAGGAGGCCGCUCUGCCAGAACUGCUGCCUCCUCUACAGCCUCCGCAUCUCACCCAACUACUGCUACACCCGUCACAGCACCCACCACACAGGGCCGAGCAGUGGUCAUGCCUAACGGGUACCACUUCACUCUUGGGGUCAACUCUUCGUCUGGGCCUGGGAAUAGAGGAGCAGGAAGUCUCAGGGAGAGGGAGGAGGAUGACUGGUGCUAACGUGGCAGAAAAUUUUAGAAAGCCUGCUGUUAGCUAGAAUGGGGCAGCUCAUGAGUGCUGCUCAGCGCUCAGGUCAGGAGCUGGUACAACAGGAGGCCAGGCGACUGAUACAGAAGAAAACACGAUGAGGGAAAGUCAGUGGAAAGCGCUCUGAGAGGGGAUCAGAAAUAAUUACAGCUUUUUAGUGUUACUGUCUUUUUAAUAUAUCAACCACUUUCAAGAAAAAAACACUGACUUUUUCUAACCCCUUUACUUGCACUGGAAUUAGUGCACAUGUGGAGGCUCUCAAGUAUUUUGCCUUGGCCAGUAUAUUCAGUGGAGAAGAAGACAAAAGCCAAAAUAUCCCUGUUGUUUGUGCUUUAGACUGAUGCUCAUCCCCGACAUUGAUAUGACUGCCCACACCACACUUUUUAUUGCUGUAUGUCUUAUUUUGUUACCAAAUUUCUCUCUCUUGCUUUCUCCUGGUUUGUUUCUUUAUUGUAUUGCAGCACAUCUUUACCAGAGCAGAUUAGGAAAGCUUUUUGUUUUUAAUGUAUGUCUUAAAAUUCUGUCAUAACACCCAGUAAACACAAAAGUCACACAAUGACUUAAGAUAAGACCAGAGUUGAGUUUUUAGAAUCCCACUUUUGUAAAAUCUCCCAGAUGUAAUUUUAUGAGAGCACAUAGGGACUAGAACAACUCGUUUUUGACAUUAAGUGGCUAACUACUAAGUGCCUCUUUUACCACAAUGUAUUAAAAUGGAGCCUGACUUUGGGUCAGUGGAGGUUGGGUGUAGCUAAAAAAAAAAGCAAAAGCAAAAACAAAAAAAACGUGGUCAGAACAAAACUUGUGUUUGAAUCUGGGCUGAAAGCAAAAAAUCAAAAAUCAAAAACAAAACAAAACAUUUCUUUUGUGAUGAAUCUUUUCGUAGGAAGAUUAAAAUUAGAGAUCCAAAGUGUAGUGCAUGCCAGGAUUGUCAAAAUAGUGUCUGUACUUUUGCCUGAGGGUGUGUGGUAAGCAUUUGCCUUUCUCUUUCAGAUAUACUGCCAGACAUUUGGUAGAAAACAUUCUCUGAAUGAGGGGAAAAGUGCCAUUUUUUUUAUGAUUUUCUGAACAUGAAUCUCACAUCCAGACAAAUCUGCCUCCUCAAGCAAAUCCCUUCUUGGCCAUAUUUGCCCAAAUUUCACGGGUUUCCUAUCUUCUAAUCUUUCCUCAGACAAAGUUUUGCGUGAGGGUACCUGUGUGCGUAUUUAUAGGUACAAUAAAGAGUUGUGUUGUUGCUGCUGACUGUUGACUUAAAGUAGGGCUAUGCAACAAGACGACACUUCAUCCGCCCUGUAGCUUUACCCUCUGGAAACUCCAGAUUCAGGCUUUAGUGUGACUGUGACCAAAUUUUACAUUCAUGUGUGAAGAGCUGUAAAUUGUAAAUGUAUCAUAUGUGUACAGUUAACUGACAACACACACUAAAGGCACGAAUGGUAUCCAAGUGGAUAUAAGUGAAUUCACAGGGCAUUUUUGAGGUUUGCAAGUUGACUGCACGACGCCUACUCAGAUAGAACCACCCAAAAUAUAAAACUGUGUUCUUCUCUUUCCAGACUUGGGUCAAGUUGUAUUUUUAAAUAAUUGUAGUGGUUUUUAAACUUGCUGGGAGAGCCAGAUUCUUCAGAUUGUUAAUGAAGUGGUUUUAUGUCACUCAAAAGUGAGACCUGAACCAGACCUGUACCAACUCCUCUGAAUCUUUACCUCUUCCAACUGGGCAGGGUAUAAAUCCUCACAGACUAAGGCUUGCAAUACUCUAUUUUCUUUACAGUCAACAAAUUUCAAACCAAAACUCAGUUCUUUCUGUGCUUUAUUAGCCUGAAGCCCAUUUAUACAACUAGCAAUGGCAACCUUUCUAAAUAGAUAACAAAAUAUAAUUUUAUAAAUUUCAUAUCUUACAUUUUGUGUUUGUAGAGUAUUUUUUUCAAUUAUUUUUUUAAACUUAGUUACUGUAGACUUUAGAAAUGUUUUUCAACUUAAAAACUACUUGGGUUGGUGCUAGUAAUUUGUUGGCAAACAUUUCCAGCUCUAUAUUGAUCUUUAGAAAGUUAAAAAGUGCAUAUAAAAUUAGUGCAAAUGUAAUCUUAAAACCUUCUUGAAAACUAAUAUUGAAAAAUCUCUGUUGCAAUGACUUUGGAGCUUUCUGAUGAAAAGGAUAACCAGCCUGACAUUUCCUGUUCUGUCAUCUCAUUU